AUGGUAGGCUGUGGAAGCAGCAGGCCACCAACGCCCUGGGAGCGACACGCCAAGUUUCUGCAACAGCGACGCGGCGAAGAUGAACUCGAGGGUCUUGCAAUGCUUUUCCCCAUGUACACAGUUGCUGCAGCAGCGUUGCUGGAGAUGGUCGAAGUCAAGCCGCACGAGGAGUUGCUUUCCAGCGGCGUGGUUCAGGAGCACGAUGACAGCAAAGGGCAUGUUGCUUUCAUCUCGCACCAAUGGGUUGGGAAGGGUCAUCCAGAUCCCAGCUUUGAACAGAUGAAAGUUUUUCAGGAUGUCCUCAAAGAUCUUUUGACAGAGACGCGAUACAUCCACAUCGACACCGUGUCGUGCCUCAUGUCGCCACUGAAAUCAGGCUUCUAUUCCGACGUGUUGCGGAGUAGGCCUUUAUUUGUGUGGUACGACUACUUCUCUGUUCCGCAGAGCCCGGCAGCAGCUGCGAAACAGCGGCAGGCCAUCGACAGCAUCCCGGCCUACAUCGCCCGGUGUCGCUUCUUCUUUGCCCUCUGCCCUCUCAUCGAGAGUGCCGCCCUGUCAGGUGUAUUUUCCCCUUGCACCUGGGAAGCGAGAGGUUGGUGUAGAGUCGAGAGGGUGUGUCGUCAGCUCAAAGCUGGAGAUGGCGCAGAUGGCACCUGGAUCCUGAUCAAGAGCAGGAAGCACUUGGAGGUGAGGCCUAUGGUCGUCACGACCAAGGUCACCUCUAUCAGUGUUGGGGAGGGCAUCUUCACGAAUUCCAAAGACCGCGAUCAGCUGGGACCAGUCCUGAAAGCAACGCUCAGGGCCAAGUUGGUUUCCUUGAUGCGGGAUGGAAAAGUUGAGGCUUUCCGCACUUUGUUGAACAUGCAGGCACUUUUGCUGAGAGGCUUGGAUGUUGAACCUGCUGCUGACUUGGUUCCGGGCAUUACGCUCGGUGCUGCUGCACUUCCUGAGUGGCUCCUUGCAGAGAGCUUCCUGUUCCAGAACGGCUUUCAGCAAGUGGAUGAAGUGGAUGGCACAGGCUGGUCGCCCUUGUCCUACGCUGCCCUUGGGGGGGAUCCCGAGGUGGUCCAGGCACUCCUCUUGAAGAGGGCCGACCCCUCCACAAAGACCCGUGCCAACAAACCCGAUACGACCAUACCCUCAAAUGCUUCGGCGGUCAGCAUCGCUGCUUUCUUCCACAACAACGCAGCGCUGCAGGUGCUGAUCGCCGCCAGAGCGGAUCUUGAGGAUGGAAUUGCACCAGCGGUGAUCACUGCAUCGAGCGGUGACAACACCGAAGGAUUACGCAUCCUUCUGGCUGCAGGCUGCAACCUUCAGGCACGAAAUGCAGCUGGCUUCACGGUCAUGGAGAAUGUUGGUAUGGUGGCAUCGGCAAAUGCGAUGGAGGUGCUUCUCGGAAGUGGCGCUACGUCUGUGCAGCUUACCAGGGCAUUGCGCUGGGCAUGUUGGAUAGAAGGAGGCUCCUUCGAGAUGAUCCACCUGCUGGUUUCCUCGCGGGCAGACUUGAAUAGUCCUCUUGCAGUGAAUUCUUGGAGUCUGAUGGGAGUCUUUUUGGGGGCUUUGAGCCUCCGGUAUCGCAUGGGCAGCCGGUCGUUCCCGGCGAGGCUCGCAUACCACAGCGGGGGAGCCACGCCAUUGAUGCUUGCCAUCAUGUCUGGACAAUACGAAGCCGCAACUUCUCUCAUCGCUGCCGGGGCGGAGAUGCACGUCUGCAAUGUACGCAAUCGGAGAGCUGUUGAUCUGGCGCGUGAGAUGCAGGUGCCAGAUUUUCUAAUGCAGGCGUUGGAGCAAGGGACAACUACCCAUUGUCAAAGAAUUGCUGCCAGUGCAGGCGGGCUCGAGUCUCACUACUUGUGA